AUGAUUCGUCUAAAUAUGUAUGAUCACUUUGUUAUCAGUCAGGAGAUUAUGAUAUGUGAGCUCUUUAAAGCCAUAAAGUGUAGUAGAAUAGAAUUGAAUUUGUUGGAUGAUGCACUGUUGCUUCUUGAUGAUCUCAAAGGAGCAUCUCGCAAUGAAAUAGAUCAUGUAUGCGAAUUGCUGUUAGAAGGUGAUAGCUUCCAAGCUCUUAAAAAUUGGGCGUUUACACACAAGCCUACCAUCUUGUUGCAGUUAAAACAAAACAUUGUAACUGAACAUUAUUUAAACAACUCAUGCUGCUGUAGUUAUUUGAAAAAAGCCCAGGUUAGUUGGGAGCGCAAAAUGUUACGAAGUCUAAAUUCAAUGUGUCAAGAGCUUGGAAUACCUCUAGGAAGAAAAAGAUCUAAAGGUCAUAAAGAAGCUGUUCUGCAAAACUGGACAGAGUUAUCAGUAUUUUUUAACAAACAAUCAGUUAUUAAGCCAGUAUUUGGUCCAAAAGAUCUUUUAGAUGUUCUUACAAGUAUUAAACAUCCACAAGUGAGAUCCACAUUUAAAGAUUAUAAUUCAUCAAUGACUGCAACUUGGGGUCUAAUAAAUUUGCCUAUAAAUGUUAAAAAUUUGUCCGAUCUGAGAAGGUUUUAUGAACCGUUACAUAUCAAAAAUCCUCAAAUUGGUGUUGACGACUCAUUGCCGUCUACUUUUGAAUUAGUGCAUGAACAGGAAGCUAAAGAAGUCAUAAGUCUUGACUCUUCUGAACGGGCACAACAGUUUUUGCGUCGUGGCUGCCCACUGGGUUAUCGCGCACGAUUGUGGGCCUUGUGUUUAAAUGCAAAAGUGACGGAACACGAUCGUCUUUAUUAUGAGCAAUUGAAAUCGUUUGUUGCAGAAAAUGAAUAUAUGACAGAUCAAUUAAUUUGUAAGGAAGUACAACUUACUGCCUCUAAUGAUGACAUGCACUUUGUGUUUUGUGACUAUGCAUAUCAGAUUCUUCUGCCUUUUACAAGAGAUCAGACCGUAUUAUCACAUUUUAAAACUAUGCUUGGAUCACCACCAAGGAUAAUUAUUAAAAAUUCUAAAGAAACAUAUAUUUAUCCUCCUUCUGGAGUCAUACCAUUUCAUGGUUUUUCUAUGUAUAUGUUACCAUUAUGUUAUUUAUAUGACGACCCAGUCACUUUGUAUGUAACAUUUCGUCAAUUAUAUAUACGUUACUUUUACAAACUACAUACCAUAUCCGAUGAAAAUAGUGGUAUUUUAUGCUUAUGCCUGUUAUUUGAACGUUUGUUACAAACCAAGGAGCCCGAGAUUUUCUUUCAUUUAAAAUCAUUUGGUGCACAACCUGUCCGUUUUAUAUUUAAAUGGCUAGUGCGUGCAUUCAGUGGUUUUUUGGCACCUGACCAAGUACUUUUACUAUGGGAUAGAAUCCUUGGAUUUGAUUCUUUGGAAAUUUUAUCAGGUGCAGACAACUGUAAAAUGUUUUCUUAUAUACAGUAA